AUGACUGAUGUUUGCUGGUUUGCACUGAAUCACAGUUCUAAUGUUCAUUUUCAAACUAUAUAUUUGCUAGUAAUUGUAUUUUCAAGAUCUGAGGUAAAUCUAUCUGCUGCAGCUUUCGGUAUGGUUUAUAAAUGUCAUGUAAAUCGGUAUUCAAUCUCGGUCGCGUUUAUCAGUGAAUAAAGCACAGAAUCAGCGCUGCAUCACGUGUAGUUAGGACAUGAUGUAAUGCGGUAACAUAACAAAAUGUGGAAAAAGUGGAGCACUGAACACUUUCAGGAUGUAUGAUUCAUACUAAAACAACUUUCUGUCAGGUGUUCGGUGUCUUCAACUUUAUACUGUGUCUUCAGAUAUUACUACUCAACCAGGUUUAGAGAUGACCUCGAUCCCGACUGACUCCAAACAAUGUCAAGAUAUUGAUGAGUGUUCAGAAACUCCAGAUAUUUGUGGCACAAACGGAGACUGCAUCAAUUAUCUAUGUGGCUUCAUCUGCACAUGCCAGGAGGGCUACACAUACUACCAAUCAAAUUAUAAUCCAAUUCACCUACCUCGACUAUGCCCUGAAAAAAAAAUGGACUGUGAUCAGUUUAAUUCUAAGCCUGAUGAAGACCACACACCAGAAAAGAUGAAUCAGAUGAUGUCUCUGCUGAAGGACAGCUGCGAGUCUCUGAAUGGUCGUAGAAAACAUUUCAAUGCAGAGGAGCUACUGGAGAGCUUGUGCAAUUCCACUGAUGAUCUGCUGUUGGAGGGAAAAGUCGCUGACAGUGAGAAUCUGAGUGUAUUUCUGGACAUGGUGGAGAACAGCAUGCGUCUGAUUGGUCCUCAGCUGAAAGAGCCUGUUACCAAAAUGGAGACACAAAAUACCUAUGCUGAGGUUGUGGCCACACGGAAUGAGACUCCGCCCAGCGGGACUGUCACUCUGAGCACAGACUCCGCCCUUUUCAGCACCAGCUGGGAAUCAGUUGUUGGCAAUUCAUAUUCAGGCUUCGCAUUUGUGGCGCUGAUCAGUUAUAAAGAUAUGAACUCAUCCAGUGAUCUGUCUCACAAGACGAGCAGAACAUUACAAGAGGAUAACAGAAAGAGAUUGCAUGUGGACAAGAAAAAAAUCACUUACCAGCUCAACUCAAAGGUGGUGACGGCUGUCGUCAGUAAUCCAGACACCAAAAAGCUGUCUGAUGUGAAGCUCAUAUUUUUGCAUGAGGAGGAGAGGGCAGAGUCUGGGGGUGUGGCUUACACCUGUGUGUACUGGAAUGAAUCUGAGAGAGCGUGGUCUGGGCGGGGCUGUUUGAGGGAGUGGUCUAACAGCACUCAUACAGUGUGUCACUGGUCUCACCUCAGUAGUUUCGCUGUGCUGAUGGCGCUCUAUCCUAUCCAGGACACUUUUGCAUCGGUUCUGAUAACGCGUGUGGGUUUAUUUCUGUCUCUGCUCUGUUUAUUCCUCUGUAUCCUGACCUUCUGCUUCUGCCGCUCAAUCCAAGGCACCCGGAACAGCAUCCACCUCCAUCUGAGCGUCUGCCUCUUCAUCGCAGACCUCGUCUUCCUCUGGGGGAUCUCCAGCACUCACAAUCAGGUGGCGUGUGCGAUUGUGGCCGGUCUGCUCCACUUCUUCUUCUUGUCUGCGUUCUGCUGGAUGCUGCUGGAGGGGGUUCAGCUCUACCGGAUGGUUGUUCUGGUUUUUCACACCACAUUAAAACAGCUGUACAUGUAUGCGGUGGGAUACGGAGUCCCUCUCGUCAUCGUCUCCAUCUCUGCCAUCGCCUUUCCAAAGGGAUACGGCACAAACAAACACUGUUGGCUUUCCCUCCAGGGUUAUUUAAUCUUGAGUUUCUUCGCACCCGUCUGCAUCAUUGUCAUCCUCAACAUUAUUGUCUUCAUCAUCACUGUGUGGAAACUGGCCCAAAAGUUCUCCAGCCUCAACCCAGACCUCUCCAAACUCCACAAGAUCAGGAGUUUUUUGGCGACCGCAGUGGCUCAGCUGUGUGUUCUUGGAGGAUCCUGGGUUUUCGGUUUUUUCCUCUUCCAGAAAAACGGCACUGAGGUCAUGUUGUACCUCUUCAUCAUCCUCAACAGCCUCCAGGGGAUGCUGAUCUUCAUCAUGCACUGCCUGCUGUCUAAACAGGUGAGAGUGGAGUAUCGCAGUCUGUUUGUGCGGAUGUGUCCUUAUAAGAAGAAAGGACAAUACACUGUCAGUACAGAGCCGUCCCACAGCAGUCAGAAACGUCUACAGAGAGAUCAGAGCACAGGAGAGUCACAGUUGUGAAGCUCUUUUCAAGUCCUGGUGGAUUUUUAUUAACUAUUGUACACACCAAGUCUUUCUGUGACAAAUAAAGAGGUUUUACAGGGAUAGAAGUGGUUCAUCAUUCAGAUUUCAGUCUUAAAACAUCCGUGUUUUGGUAUCUUUGGCUUUGCUUGGUUUGUGUGCAAGUGAAUUUAUAUGAUUUUAGAUUAUGCAAAAAGCUGCUUCUUUGAAAUGAUGUUGUAUUGCAAUGAGGCAGGUCUUAUUUUAAUAGUCACUACAGCUGUGAAAAGCUUCAAAAUCCCUUCAACUAUGGAAAAUGAACAGGGUUCAGAGUUCACUAAUGAGAGCUUUGGAAUUUAUAUCUAAUCAGAGAGAAUGUUGUAAUAUAUGAUGUUAAAUAUAUGUUGCUUGCCUGCUUUAUGUCCUACACUCUAAAAGAAUGCUGGGUUGUACUAACCCAACGUUUGGGCAAAUUUGUACAAACUCAAUGUGGUGCUAAUAUUUUUUUAGUAAUUUAAAGGACUUUUUUUUAACCCAACUGUUGGGUUUGUAUAUUUUUGACUUGGGUUGAGUUAAAGUAUCCCUGCAUUUUGCUG